AUGCCAGAGGAGACGCAGACUGCACCCCAGGACCAACAGAUGGAGGACGAUGUGGAGACUUUUGCCUUCCAGGCUGAGAUCGCUCAGCUGAUGUCCUUGAUCAUUAACACUUUCUAUUCCAACAAGGAGAUCUUCUUGAGAGAACAUUCCAACUCUUCAGAUGCUUUGGAUAAAAUCCGCUACGAGAGUCUCACUGACCCCAGCAAACUGGAUUCUGGCAAAGAGCUUAAGAUCGACCUGAUCCCUAACAAGCAGGAUCGCUCCCUGACCAUUAUCGACACUGGCAUCGGUAUGACCAAAGCCGACCUCAUCAACAACCUGGGCACCAUCGCCAAGUCUGGAACCAAGGCUUUUAUGGAGGCUCUGCAGGCUGGAGCAGACAUUUCUAUGAUCGGUCAGUUUGGCGUUGGUUUCUACUCGGCCUACCUGGUGGCCGAGAAAGUGACGGUGAUCACCAAGCACAACGAUGACGAGCAGUAUGCCUGGGAGUCUUCAGCCGGGGGAUCCUUCACGGUCAAAGUAGACAACAGUGAGCCCCUGGGCCGCGGUACCAAAGUGAUCCUGCAUCUGAAGGAGGACCAGUCUGAAUAUUUUGAAGAAAAGAGGAUUAAGGAGAUUGUGAAGAAACAUUCCCAGUUCAUUGGCUAUCCCAUUACACUCUUUGUGGAGAAGGAGCGCGAUAAGGAAAUCAGCGAUGACGAAGCGGAGGAGGAAAAGGAAGAGAAGAAAGAGGAGGAGGAAAAGACCGAGGAGAAGCCCGAGAUAGAAGAUGUGGGCUCUGAUGAGGAGGAAGAUAAGAAGGAAGGAGACAAGAAGAAGAAAAAGAAGAUUAAGGAAAAAUACAUUGACCAAGAAGAGUUGAACAAAACCAAACCCAUAUGGACCCGCAACCCAGAUGACAUCACAAAUGAUGAAUAUGGAGAAUUCUACAAGAGUCUCACCAACGACUGGGAGGACCACCUGGCUGUUAAGCACUUCUCUGUGGAGGGCCAGCUUGAAUUCAGAGCCCUGCUGUUUGUGCCCAGGCGAGCACCUUUCGACUUGUUUGAGAACAGGAAGAAGAAGAACAACAUCAAAUUGUAUGUGCGCAGAGUCUUCAUCAUGGACAACUGCGAGGAGCUGAUCCCAGAGUAUCUGAACUUCAUCAGAGGUGUGGUGGACUCUGAAGAUCUUCCGCUGAACAUCUCCAGAGAAAUGCUGCAACAGAGCAAGAUCCUGAAGGUGAUCCGAAAGAACCUGGUGAAGAAGUGUCUAGAGCUUUUCACAGAAUUAUCCGAAGACAAGGAAAACUACAAGAAGUUCUACGAACAGUUCUCCAAAAACAUGAAGCUCGGCAUUCACGAAGACUCCCAGAACCGCAACAGACUGUCUGAACUCCUCCGCUACUACACCUCCGCAUCUGGAGACGAAAUGGUGUCCCUGAAAGACUACUGCACCAGAAUGAAGGAGAACCAGAAACACAUCUACUACAUCACAGGUGAAACAAAAGAACAGGUGGCUCACUCGGCCUUCGUAGAGCGGCUCAGGAAGCAGGGCCUGGAAGUCAUCUACAUGAUCGAGCCAAUAGACGAAUACUGUGUACAGCAACUGAAAGAGUUUGAGGGCAAGACUCUCCUCUCCGUCACCAAGGAAGGGCUGGAGCUUCCAGAAGAUGAAGAGGAGAAAAAGAGGCAGGAGGAGAAGAAGGCCAAGUAUGAGAAUCUGUGCAAGAUCAUGAAGGAUAUCCUAGAAAAGAAAGUAGAAAAGGUUGUAGUGUCCAACAGGUUAGUAACGUCGCCCUGCUGUAUUGUAACUAGUACAUAUGGCUGGACCGCCAACAUGGAAAGGAUCAUGAAGGCCCAGGCACUGAGGGACAACUCCACCAUGGGCUACAUGGCGGCCAAAAAACAUCUUGAAAUUAACCCUGACCAUUCCAUCGUCGAAACACUGAGGCAGAAGGCAGACGCCGACAAGAAUGACAAGUCGGUGAAGGAUCUGGUUAUCCUGCUCUACGAGACCGCCCUCCUGUCAUCCGGCUUCAGCCUGGAAGACCCCCAGACACAUGCCAACCGCAUCUACAGGAUGAUCAAGCUCGGCUUAGGUAUCGACGAGGACGACGCAACCACUGAAGAUCUGACGCCCCCAGUCACUGAGGAGAUGCCACCUCUGGAAGGAGACGAAGACUCCUCAAGGAUGGAGGAAGUUGACUGAAUCCAUUGAACUUUUAAAGACGUUCCAGUUCUAAUCUUAAUCGGUUAGGUUUUGUACUUGUGCAGCAUUCCCGCAGCCUGCAUUAUGUUUAAAAUUAUUUAUUUUUUGGAUGUUGUAUGUUUUUGUUAAAAAUUAAACUGUUCUAUUAAAAUAUUGCCUCCUACUAAGGU